UCAAUAAAUAGAAAGGGAUUCGUUUAGAACCAUAAACCCUAGGAAAGAAAACAAGGCCGAAAAAUAGAGAAACAGAGUGCAGUUGCCCUCUCUUGUACCUGAUUUUCCCUUCCGCCUUUCUGAUUUUCUUCCACCAUGAAGUUCAACAUAGCUAACCCUACCACAGGAUGCCAAAAGAAGCUCGAAAUCGAUGAUGAACAGAAACUCCGAGCCUUUUAUGACAAGAGGAUCUCCCAGGAAGUUAGUGGUGAUGCCCUCGGAGAGGAAUUCAAGGGUUACGUCUUCAAAAUCAUGGGAGGAUGUGACAAGCAGGGUUUCCCGAUGAAACAGGGUGUGUUGACUCCUGGAAGAGUUCGCCUGUUGCUCCACAGAGGAACGACCUGCUUCCGCGGUUAUGGUAGACGUGAUGGAGAGCGUCGCAGGAAGUCUGUCCGCGGGUGCAUUGUAAGUCAUGACUUGUCUGUUUUGAACUUGGUUAUUGUUAAGAAGGGUGAAAAUGAUCUUCCUGGGCUAACCGACACUGAGAAGCCAAGGAUGAGAGGUCCCAAAAGGGCUUCCAAGAUCCGCAAGCUUUUCAACCUCUCCAAGGAGGAUGAUGUUCGCAAAUAUGUCAACACAUACCGCAGGACAUUCACUACCAAAACUGGCAAGAAAGUAAGCAAGGCUCCUAAAAUCCAGCGUCUGGUUACUCCAUUGACACUCCAGAGAAAGCGCAGAAGAAUUGCUUUGAAGAAGAAAAAGAUCUCUAAGGCCAAGGCUGAUGCUGCUGAGUACCAAAAGCUCCUUGCCUCAAGGUUGAAGGAGCAGAGGGAGAGGCGAAGUGAAAGUUUGGCAAAGAGAAGGUCUAAACUCUCUGCCGUUACCAAGCGUACAUCUGAGGCUGCUUAGAUUGAUGCUGUUCUCUGUCAUUUGGGCUUAAACUAUUGAGGUUGCUUUUAAGUAGUGUCUUCACUUGAGAUAAAUCAUGCUGAUUUCUAUGUUUGAAAAUUUUGUUGUCUUAGAGACCUACUGAAAUUGUAUGUGGUCUUGGAUCAGAAGGGUAACAUGCUUGUGGAUGUGUGUUAAAUUGAAGUUUCUCAAAUACUUUGUUACUCCCUCCUAUU